CUACUCUUCUUUGUUGUGCUCCUGUCCUAAUAUUGCAAUCCUUGUUAACCAAUUAAAAGUAUUUUAAUUAAGAAAAAUAAAAAUAUUAUAUAUUUUUUUUCAUUUAUUGUUGUAAAACAUGUCUGCGGUGGAACGUUUCGAUAUUGAAAAAGUAGCAAAAAUAUUCCAGGAUUGUUUGCACGAAUGUGAUGAUGUGUUAUUAGAAUCGUAUUUGGAGGCUUACGAGGAAAUCAAUAAAUUUUUUCAUUUGAUGGGCACUGUAUUCGGAUUUGUAAGCAGUGACGUGCGCAGUAAAAUCGAUAUACUCUAUGAAUAUAGACGAAAGGAGUUAAUUGGAGAGCACUUCGUGACCAUCAAAACAAUGAUAAUCUACGAAAAAGAAGAGGACCUUCUUAAGGAUGGCUCAUAUGUCUCUGGCGCUCGUACGCUUUUACGGUUACAUAGAGGAUUGGAGUUUAUAUACGAGUUCCUAAGAAGACUGUCCGAACUAAAUGAAUGUGAUAAAACGCACACCUGUUGCAAAAGCGCAUACAAUGAUACGCUAGCGAAACAUCAUCCGUGGGUGGUGCGUAAAGGAGCUGUGGUCGCUAUGUAUGCUCUGCCCACGCAGGGUGAAUUGCUCAAACGCGUGUGCGUAAAUGCAUCACAUGCCGUUGAGGUGCUCCCCGAAAUGCUCAAACACACGAAAUCCGUGUAUGAUCGUGUUGAAGUUCUUUAUAGCGCUCAUGACCUCCACGGUUUGCCUUAAAAUCUCCAUACUUUAUUUUAACUGGGUCAUUCCAAAUGUGAUGUCAAAGUAAUUAUUAUUAGACAGUAAAUGAAUGUUAUGUUUAGGUAUUUUUACAAAAUUCUAUCACCCUAAGCAAUAAUUUUGCGCAAAUAAUUACUUUUUGUUACAUGUAA